AUGGUGCCAGCCUCCUGCUGGCGUCACGUCCUCUCUGGGUCGGAAGUGACGCGCUAUCGGCGCGCCACGAGAAGCGCCCGCAGAACGGUUUCCCUGUGCCGGGGCGGGAUGGCGGCGCCUGGAGCCCCGGUUACCGUCACCGUCACUUACAGUAAUGAAAAACACAGUAUUCGGGUUGCUUCUCCACAAGAAGAUGGUGAACCUACACUACAAGACAUGGCUGUGCUUAUUGAACAAGUCACUGGAGUACCAGUUCCUUUUCAGAAGCUGAUCUACAAAGGGAGGUCCCUGAAAGAAUUGGAGCAACCUUUGUCAGCACUUGGUGUUAAAAAUGGUUGCAAAGUCAUGUUGAUUGGGAAAAGGAAUAGUCCAGAAGAAGAGGCUGAAUUAAAGAAGUUAAAAGAUUUGGAGAAGUCAGUGGAGCAAAUAGCUAAUAAGUUAGAGGAAGUUAAUAAAGAGUUCACAAGUAUCCAGAAGGGAUUUUUAGCAAAGGAUCUCCAAGCAGAAGCACUAAAAAAGCUGGACAAGAGGAUAAAAGGAACUGCAGAGCAGUUUAUGAAGAUUCUGGAACAGAUUGAUGCCAUUAAUCUGCCAGAGAAUUUCAGUGAUUGCAAACUGAAAAAGAAAGGCUUGGUGAAAAGGGUUCAGGUUUUUCUUGCCCAGUGUGACACUAUUGAAGGAAAUAUUGGUCAAGAAAUAGACAAGCUGCAGUCAAAGAAUUUGGCGCUGGCAGAAUGAUGCAUUGCCAUACAUAAUUAGGAAACAUAAUUGCUCUAUGAGCAAGAAGAAGAGUUUGCUCUUUGUUUUGGAGCACGUAUUCAGCUUUUUUUUUUUCUUCUUUUUUUUUAAAGCACAGUCUGUUAGACUGGUACCAGUCAAUCAUGUAUUGCUGGUUGUCUUGUUUGCCGCUUGGUUAGACCUAUUAUUUUUAAAAGAAAAUACUUCCUGAGAAUGACAGAAACAAUCUUUGUGGUGAAUUGUUAUGUAUCUUAUGGACAAAUGUUUAGUUAACUAAGUUAUAAAGUUUACAGUGAUGGGCAGUUUUGUCUGAUAUGUCUUUGAAUUUAUUUACAGCUCAAAUCAAAGGAGGUCUAUAAUUGUACAAGUGCCAUAAGUUGCAAUUGUAGGACUUCAACUUGAUUGAAAAAGGCAAACUGAGACAACACCUGGAAAAGUCGAACAUUCUAGUAGACCAAUCAGAGCAAUAAAAACCCCCUACAUAUUUGUAUCUACUUAAUGUUUGUAUGCAUUUAUAAAUAUAAGAAAGCUUGACUGUAAGGGAGUUGUACCUAUUUUAGCCUUAAAUUGUCAUAAUCAAUGGAAUGUACUGUAACAUGUAUGGUACUUAAUUUCGAGUGGUGCUUUAAGUUGUUACUGAGCUCCUUUAUACAGACGUAUGUUUUUUACAUAGAUUUCUGUUGUACUGUGGUUUUUAUAGAUUAUUCUUAAUUUGAUUAUUUGUGUUCUGUCUUGAGUUAUGGUGGGAAAUGAAAUGAGAUUACUCAUGCUGCUCAUAUACCAAGGGUUCAGUUCAAGCCAGGUAUAACUAAGGAGCUAUUUUGAAAGGGUUUUUUAUACCUUUUUUCUGAUUCCACUGAAUUUGUGAUGCUAUUAAUAUAUUUAAUGGAAAAUUGCAGUGAUUAUUUUUAGUCUGUUAAGGUAAACAGUGAAUUUUUAUAAAUGUUACAAAGUGACACAACUUUAUUUUAGCAAUGCCAUGCGUCUGAGUGUUGUGACUGAUUCUUGCAGUCAGAUCGGUGCCAUGUGUAGCCUUCUCUGUCUGGUGAAAAAUAAGCUUUUGCAGAAGAUGGUAACUGUCAGCAGGCACAGCCAACUUUGCAGUUGUUGGUCAGAGCCCAUAUCUAACGUACUUAUAGCAGGAAUUGCUUUUUCACUGAUACUUCUGGUCAGAAGAUCAGCCAUAUUUGCAGUGGCUGGUGAGGUAAGGAGCCUGUUUCUGUGGGGAAAGAAAAGCUCUUUUGUCUCAAAUGAGUCAGACCGACGAUGUUUAGAAAUGGCCCUUACAUAGUGAGCCUUUAUCUCUACGUGACUGCUUUAAGAUUAGUUGUCCUUUCAAGAUAAGAAUAGGAAAUGUGCGUAAAAAAAUGUUAACUUCUAAUAAGUUAUAAACCUUAAAUAAUAGCUGAAGUAUUAUUAUUAAAGUAUUAUCUUUGAUGUUUGUAAGUGGAGGAACAUUUAUUUAGUGAAAAAUGCCAUUGCACAAAUGAAGUGGUAGCCCCGCAUUGGAAAGGGUCGCUUCUAUUCCAAAAAUGCCUUUUGACCAUACCAAGAUUGGAGUUGCUGUAUAUUUUACUGUCAGCCAGUUUCUUCAAGAUUGUAUUUUUCCCAUAUGUAACUCUCUUCUCAGCACCGGUGGAGGAUUUCAAGGUCUAAACUCCUAGGAAGCUCAUCUAUCAUGUUAGGAAAUUGUAUGUUUGGUAGGACUGUGGAUAUUUUUUGCUAGGCUACUGGUCUGGUCAUGCUGCAUUUUUCCAGCACUUUAAAGUUAGGGGGAAAAAGAGUUGGGUGUAGCCAUUUUCUGUGAAGCCCCACCUAGCUUGGUGCUGCUUCUGGACCAGAUUCAGCUGACUCUCAAACCACCAGCAACACCAUUUCCUAAUUCAGAGUGUGCAAAAUUCUCCACUUUCUUGUAAUGGGCAGGAUCCUCACCCUCUCAGAUGUCAGUCCUCUAAUGCAUUCAACUUUCACAGGUACAUGUAUAAUAAGCGAAGUGUCCCCUUGUGCCCUCGAAGAGACCUGGGAACUGUGGUCAUGGCUGGGGCUGUGCCCAUUUCUGCUGCUCCUUUGUAUUUUUCUCUCUUGGUCAAGAACACGAAGGCUGCAGGCAGACAUCAUCUUCUCAGAACUCCUUCCCAGAGACGUGCUGGUGUGAAAACACCCUCAGCCCAUCUCAAAGCCAGCGGGAUUAACUUAUACUGUUCCCUAAUAGAUCUUUUGAUGUUCUGGUACUCGGAGGUGAAGAGAGUGAUGAUGAACCUCUCCACCAGCACACCUGGGUUCAGCGAAGGCUGGUUGUCCUGAGCUGAAGUUACCUUACAGGGCUAACUCCUGGAAUCAGUGUUUGGUUUCUAGGACAGAAGUAUGUGUAUGAAGACAAACUUUUGCAGCAUAAAAUUUUUUGUCUUCCAAAUAUAAAAACGAGUUUAUUCUUUUUGGAAAGCAGAUGGUUGUAUUUAGAAUUAUCUAAGACCUUAUAGAGUGGAUUGACUUUUAUGCUUAGUUUUGAAAGAGGAGUCUUUCCUACACUUUUUUCAUAAUAGCCUUAAAUUUCAGUAAAAGCAAACUUCUGUGCUUUUAAAAAGUGCAGCAGACAACAACUGUGGGAGGAGGGGCAAAGGAAGGGGAGAUUUUAAAUAUUCUUCAGAAUUUGUAAAGGUAAACUUAGAUCUCAAUCAAGCUUAAGCUGUAUUCUCGCUGAUUCUGUAGUCUAGGUGUACUGUGAUACCUAUUUUGUUACUGAAUCAUUUCCUCACCCCAACCAUCUGCCCAAAUCACAUCAGAAGAGCAGCUACUCACUUUUCCCUUAGUUACACUUACCCCGUUGUCUUCCUCCACUUGCUGUGUUGCUCUGGCUGUGGUCACACACCUCAGAUUCGCCAUCUGGGCAAAAUACCUUACCAUAAAACUUGUCUUCCGUGAAAAUGAGAGUUGAACUGCACACUUCCUUGCCCCAUUUCCCCCCCAGCUCCUGUAAGCUGAUGUGAGGUGAACCAAACCCGACGUUCAGGGAGCUGCAGGGUCUGGAGCUGUGGGACGGCUGGUUGUCUGGGAACGGUGUAAAAUCUGCUGCUUGCAGUGGCGUCCUCUGUGGGCAGCUCCUCCUGAAGGUAAUGUCACUGUAAACCUGGAGUAACACCUUUGUGACUUCGAAAGGUCACUCGUGGUUUGGAGUGGAGUACUUGACACCGUGGAACUCGGGUCUAGAUUUUUUUCUCUUUUUUAGUUAUUGUAUUAUUAUAAAUGAAAAGGUAAAAAUAAAAGUUCUCUGGAAAGUU